UUUGUAUUCAGAAUGGAUGACAACAACUUGUAAUCACGCUCAAUCUGCUAUCAUCGAUGUUUUUACUCAGUAUUUUGAUAUUCUUGCUGAAAUUUUUCUUGAUGAUAUGUAUGGCCAUCUAGAGUGGUGUGUCAAACAAGAUAACGAGCAGUUAGCGAGGUCUGGUACCAAUUGUUUGGAAAAUCUCGUCAUAUCCAUUGGCAACACGUUCUCCGAAGACGUCUGGGAAAAGACAUAUCAAUGUGUAAAAACGAUAUUUGAAUCAACCGUACCUCACGAACUAUUGAAAUGGUGGAGUCCACCCACACCUGAUGUCACUCCUCCGUCAUCACCACUCAAGAUAAGUUACACUUAGGGCCUGAUUAUACGGAGGCGAGCUGGCCCGGAUAGCGAGCUAGCCCCGAUGAUUUCAAGGGAUUGAAAAGAGCCAAAACUUCAAGGUUAAAAAUUACAAAUGUUUGCGAAGCACCACACGUCAUUCUGGUUGUAAUUCUCAAAUUAUGAUAAUGUUACCUGUUGACCUGGAGGAUGAUAUCGUGCCCAAAUAUCUGGAAGACGAGGACGAACAAGAUGGUCAGCAAUCGUCAAAAGGUUUGAAUGAAACAGAGGAGGAAAUGCCUCAAGAAACAGUUGAAGAAACAAAAGAACAAGACAGCAUCAGUUUACAUAGUACGCCUAGUUUACGAUUUGAACCUGUCGAAGAACACGAACCAGUUGUGCAGACGGAGAGGAUGCUGUUCAAUUCAUUGAUCAUUAAGUGUGUCGUUCAAUUGGAACUUAUCCAAAUGAUCGACAAUGUCGUCUUUUUCCCAAGCACCAGCAAGCGAGAAGAUGAAGAUACUAUGGCUGAAUUACAGUGUCUCAACACUCCUCGACGAACCGGUAAACGAAAACACGACGGAAUGUUUCCACAUCUUACAUCUAACCAACUGUUUUUGUUUUGCGAAGUGCUGGAGAACUCGUAUAAGUUUGCUAAAGGCUUCAAUUUUAACAGCAAGCUGAGGACGGCGCUUUGGAAAGCUGGUAAACGCUUCAUUAAUAUAUUGUACCAUUUGACACGAGCGACACAUUUUUGUACAAUUUCUAUUCGAAUUGGAAAUUAAUACACGAGUAAAAACAUCACAUUCAAAA